UUGAUUGUAGAAUGCAAACAGAUCGACAGACAACCACAAACCCUCUUUGUGAAUUACAUGGUUCCUUUCUGUAUCCACUUGUUACUUGCUUUAAAACCUGCUGCCACAAAAGGAGCAAGAAAUUCAUCCAAGGUCAUAUCUGCAAAUAUUCCUUCACCAUCAAAUCCAAUGUCAACAUCAUUGUCCCAUGGGAGCGGUUUGCCGAUACGAUGCGCUCCCCAAAUGGAACCAUACAUCAACUAAUGCCGGAUUUUCAUGUCGUCUAGUAUUUUGUAAACUUUGUAUGUAACUUCCAGCAGCUGAUUUAUUUCUAAUUCACUGUUCUGACAAGAAACAACUGAUCCCCACCUGUUAUAGUAAGCAAAGUUCUGUAAAUUUAAGUACACAUACGUUCCCACAAGGCCCAAACCUAUUACGAGACGGAUAAGCAGGCUCCGCUUUCUGCGUCUCAUCAGUUCUCCUUGUCUGUUUUUUUCAUUAGGCGUGUCUGUAGCUGAGGAUGGACAGGAGCAUAAUGGUAUCUGAAAAAUGGAUAAAACCAUUUAAAAAGUUAACAAAAAUAACUUAAUACAUGCUUUUUUGAGUGGAAUGACCAUCAUGAUAAUGCAUCUGAACUUUUAAGAACGAUGCAAUAAAUUUGUAUGGCAUUUCUCAUUUAAGAACGUAAAAUUAGAAACCUAAUUCCAGCUCCCCUCCAUACCAGAGGGGAUUGGACAAGACCAGAAAUGGCUUAGUAUUACAAAGUUUUAUGUAAACGCCCAUAAAAACUCAGUUAAAUGACCUUGCUUUCCAUGAUUUCUCGUAGCUCAGUUUAUAGAGCACCCACAGAGUGUUUGGGAGGUCAUGGUAUCGAUUCCUGUCAGGACUCAGAUUUUCGUUGUCCAACGCUCGUGUCAUGUUGAUUAGUUUACUUUUCACUUUUCAUUGCCAAGCUUAAAAAUUUACUGUCUUUAUUUAAAUAUCAAAUUCUCAUGGUGUUCGCGGGAGCUCUGAACAGACAACCAAAUGUCAAACACAUUCAUGCCGAGAAAACACACAACGAAAAACGUCUUCUUCCCUCAAGAAGCGAUUCCUUCCAAAUUGACUUGUGAGAAAAUACAUGCUCCUUAUUGGUCCAUUACCUAUAAUACAAUUCAGUGCAUGUCCAACCUCCUCUAGCUACAAACAAUAAUGUCACAAAUCUGGCUCAUGAAGAGACUGUAUUCACAUUUUCUUCCCAAAGAAAUACUACUGAGAGUAAAUUAUGAGGAGAUCAGAAUCUCUGAUAAAUGACGCAAGCAAGUAGAAGCUCUGAAACUUAUUAGAAAGUUGUUACAUUCCACUGAACAACUCAAGUCUAGCUUUUAUGAGUUGAUGAGGUCAAAGAUUUUUACCAACAAUGUCGGUAUACCACAAUGGCUGUCUCAGACUGCAGUGUUUAUCCUUGACCUCACUGUGACCUCACCUUGUUAUCCUGGACGGGACAAAUUAAUAACUAGGAUGUACUAUUUCAAAUCCCAGUUAGUUCCCUUGGGAGUUCAAGAUAGCAGUAAAUUCAUUAAUGUCAAAGACCGGCAAACUGCAAUCGAAAGCCAGUUUUAUUGUUUACUGGACAAAGGGUUAUGAGCUAUUAGGAUUUGAUGAUUUAGUUACUGUAAUAAAAAGUACUGACCAAUAACCUGCCCUUGAUAUAAUUUGCUCCUUAUCAGUUUUAUCAACAACCAGGAAUGUUAUAUUUAUAUUUCAGUGAGGGGAGAGUUGAAAAGACUGAGCCCCGUCCCGCGGACUACCCAGUGACCCCCACUCCGUGGACUACCCUGCGGACUACCCCCACGGACUACCUUAAAUAACCAACCACAUUUACUUUAACGUGGAAAAGAGACAAUCGUGACUGUAUGAAAAACAGUCGCCAUUUUCGUUUCACCAACUUCCUCGACCGAGUGUUUUUUUUUCUUUUUACUUCAUUCUUCAUGGACCUUAUGCCAAAUCCCCGUUUUCUGAAUGGACUGUUUCUGGAUUCCGUGUAUUUUGUGUUUAUGGUUGCCCCAAAUCUACACGGGCAGAAUGUCAUGCCUCAGUGUUAUGUCGGUGAAACCGCUAGACAUUUUGGCACCAGGACUACUAACUUAGGAAGCGCUUAAUCUCAGAUCUCAAUUCCCAUGUCUAGAAACAUCUUUAGGGUUCUGAGUUGUGUAAGAACCUAGGCUCUUUUAAUUGUUUUUGCAUUUUGGAAUCGGCUCUUACCAGGUUUUAACUUAAGAUCAAAGAAGCCCUUCAUGUUGAAUGGGAACGACCUGCACUGAAUAAGCAACUGAAACAUGUUAGUUUAAGGGGGCUGGAAACAGUUUCCACUACUUUCCAAGGCUUACAGUUUGAUGGGUCAUUAUAACCACUCUAUACCAGUUGAUGCCAAAAUCAUAAUAUCAACAAACUGGCCAAUCAUCGGUGAACAAGUUGCUGUUAGUUUUGAGGCACAAUAGGUUACCAUAGUAACAAUAUGACCUGCUAAAAACACCCUUAAUUUUAGCUUUAAGCGCUUAUGACUCAAAAAUGAGCUCGGUGACCCCCAUGUUUUAUUAUCGAAUUGUAAUCAACAUGAUAAGAUGGAACUUUUUGCAAAGUUUAAAAAAAAUUCUGCGAAGGGGUUUCAGAGCCACCUUAAAUUUUGGAAAAUUUUCCUUUCCCUCCAUUUUGGGACUUGCAGCCACUGUGUCCUUCUUCCAUAACGAAGCCCGAUUUACUCAGAUUUAGGUGUUCUUCCGGGCAUGUUCUCUCCAAAACGAGGUCGGUGACCCCCAUUUUUUUUACAUUUCUGACAUCACUAACUGAUCAUCUUUCAGUGGUAAAAUUUUCAGAAAAAAAAUCAAUGUUAGAACAUUUUCGCGCGAACGUCCUUAAUUAACACUCUUACUUUAAUUACUUUUAGUGUUCAACAUUUUUCACAAACUUGUACUUGCACCUUUUUAUUUUCCCAGUUUUGUAACCAUUAUUCUACAUUUUGCAAUUAUCGCGUACUUGUUUCUUACUUCAUAUAAAGUCACUCCCUUGUAAACAUCCUUCAACUGAAGAUGGUACUGGGUAUCUGAAACAUUCUUUGUAAAUGCAAACGUUUUUACGAUAACUGCAGAAAUUCUCGCGCGCUCAUUGACAAGUUUUUAUUGUCAAUAACCGGACAGACACAUGAAUUUAUAAUUUAUGCGAUGCGUCAAGGAACGAAAGCGGACAAUUUGACAAUUUGUUAGUCUGCGGAUCCACUCGACUAUCUCCUCGUGGAUCCACAGCUCCUUUCACAAUGCCCUUGUUAUGAUGAAAUUCAUGAUCAAUAACAGGACAGACGCAUGAAAACUGACGUCAAUUUUUUAAGUCGUUUGAUUCGAGUCUUUCAGCUACGAAGAUUUGGCAUCUUAAGAUAUAAAUUUUAGCUUUUGUACAUGAAAAGGUAAAUUCUGAAGAACUCUUGGUAAGAACUUUUUUCCAUUUUUUCUUUGUUUUCAAACAGUGCUAACAACAGCAUUUUUGGUUAAGCCGACAUUGAUGCUAAGUAUCUCUGAAAAAAAUGUUGCUGCCACUACUUUCUUUUUGAAUUCCAAUAGCCUUUGCCAGAUUCUGGCUCGAGAUUUUUCUAUUUAUAGGUGUUCCGAAGGUACCUUUCUUAAUUAUUUAUUAUUAUAUGGCUUGUGUUUGAAUCCAGUAUAACGCGCGCUCUGAUUGGCUAAGUGCAACUUAACGACAGGGCAUUAUUCUCCUGUAAUGCCCACGGGCUGAUUACGAUUACGGAUUAUGCAAAUUAGGAAAAGAAAAAACACAAAAGGUUAUCCAAAUCUAGACCAUAUUUCCUUUAUUUACAUUUAAAAUCGUUGUGAUACAAGACGAUGAGUGACGAUUAACAUUCAGAGAGUUAAUUAUAUCACUAUUUUAAGGAAAAAAUGAAGUUACAUCGGCAAAUUACGAACGAGUUCAUUGGUCAGGGAGAAAUUGAAUUAAGGUCUCAGUGUACCCCAAAUUUGAUCAUUUUUCAAAAAAGUUGUUUUCCGCCUUUUUAGAUAGAUCUUACAGCAAUCUUUUCUAGAUCUUAUAGCAAUCUUUUAUUUUAAAAAAAUUCUAUGAAAAAAGAUUGAAUGUAAGCAAAGUUAUUAACGAAAAUUGUUUCUUUCCAUUAAUUAUCUCUAAUUGAUAACUGUCAACACGUUGUCAACACGAGAGUUAAUUUGCAUUAAAAGAUCACGUGACAGACGUGGUGUUGUGCGAUUUUCACACGUUUGUGAGCUGCUUCAAGAAUUUUCUAAUUUGUAGACAAAAAUUUAAAAACUUGUAUCUAUUCCAUGUAGUCGAAGAAAAAGGCAAGAGUCCUAGCUUGUCCUUUUGCUAGUGCGAAGUAAUAUGUCAAACACGAGAAACAGUGUUUCAUCGGGAUAUCCAAACACCAAGAAGAGAGUUGAAAAUACGACGCGCAGCGGAGUAUUUUUUGACGAAAUUGGAGGUGUUUGAAUAUCCGAUGAAACACUGUCUCGAGUGUUUGAUAUAUCUUCUCAAUCGAAACAAAAACUAAGGAGUAAAUGGAGAAGUAAAAUCGUCAAAAUCUAUGCUAAUCAAGACCUGGUAUCCAAACCUCCUUCACGCUUAUGAUUUUCUUUGUUUUAAUUUGAUGAAUUAUUAAUGAGUUUGAGAAGAAACUUUCAAAGAGGAAAAAGGAUUCGAUUUCAUUUGAUAAGGAUCGAGCUGAUGUGUUAGCGGCUAGUGAUCGAGGUUCCUACUUUGAACAGAAGAAAUAUUGCUCUAGACGAGGAGGAGCGUUGAUUGGGAGAACGAGGCCGUUAGUGUUAGUGUUAUCCGGGCGAAAAUUGAAGGCAAAGGCUAAGACAAACCCGCAGAACCGGACUCACAAGAGUCUUGGCAAGAGUUGGCCGGUCGAACAAUUGUUGCCGGAGAUCGCUUGCAAGAAAAUCUCUUGAAAUCAGUUUCUUGUCAGUUUUCUCACGCAGAUGUGAUUUUGUUAGAGAAUGUUUUUGCAAGAUCCGUGCUUGGUUCAUGUUGGAUCGUGUCCUGUCAAAACGAGAAUUGCCCAUACAUUUCUCUUAUCAUAAUUUCCUUGGCGCUUUCGCUACUCGAAGUGAUAACUUCUUGAUCAAUACCUGCACGAGUUACGUCCUCGAAGAUUUCCUUUCCUUUGUUUACGCGAACGCUUUUUUCGUGUCUUCAGCAUCUGUCUGUUUCGUUAGAGGAAAUGUGAAUCCACAUUAAGCUUAGUAGAAAACGAAAAAUUGAACGAAAAUCAUUCAGUCCCUACUAACCUACUUGCGCGAGCGGCGGAAAUCAGGCUUACAAAGGAGCAACAUCCCACCAGGAGCAACAUUUUGAGCCCGCUUAAGUAAAACUAGUAUCCCUAAAUGGUAAAAAUGCUGCCGAAAGGGAGAACGAUAUUGAGUAUGGUAAUUGUUACCCUAUGAACUGAACUGUGAAGAAUUGUUUUACACAAGACAUAAUGGUAUCGUUAUGAUGGGAAAUCAAUUGAAACUGUCUUCAGGUCGGGGGUUUUCUAGGUUUGAAUAGAUGUUGCGUGCGUGUAGCAUUUUUUGUUUCAGAAUUUUUGUUAUUUCAGCUUUCAUUAUAUAAUAUUUGAUGUUAUGCCUUGUCUCCCCUGCCCUAAAAAAGGACGAAAGUAAUAAUACUUUUAAUGGCAAUUGGAAAAGAAUUUUUGAGCAGAACUUCAUGAUGUGUUUCGGUACAUAGAGGGGGCUAUUAUUGUAACCUGUGAAAACCUGUUUUCCUGAGAAAAUGAACGGUGGCUAAACAUCAACAUUGAGCAAUAGACAUUGCGAAAAAACUGUUUAAUAAAAUUAUAUAUAAAAUAACAUUUUGUUAAGUACUCUAAAAUCUGUCACAUCAACAUUAUGGUAUUGAAAAUCAGUUGUCUCUCCAACAGUAACUUGCAAUGUUGAAAAAUCAACUCGAAACUAUUAUGAAUUUGACAUUAUAGUCACAUUAUACUCUGUGAAACAGUACAGUUAAUUUUUUUUAUGACAUACAGUACCGCUCAGAAAUAAGCGAACUUCGCGUGCGCAGUCUAAACGCGCAUAGGUAUAGGUAUUUCUUUGUUAUUCACCUCUAACUGUUUCUUUUGUGAAGUAUUGUUGGACAAAACAAUAACUAGCUUUGUUAGGAAAACUCAAAAAGCGAGAGCCUUUCGAUAACAGCCAAAUUUGCAUGUUGUAAAAACAUCUUCAAUGAAGCUAUCGUAUUUCCAAUCUAGUCGAUUAAUUAUCACUGCCUACUUGCAACGACUGCUUGGUUUUCUCCCUGUUUAGGAAAAGAAUAUCAUCCGCUAAGCAUACACUUCAUUUUACAUACAUACAUACAUACAUACAUACAUACAUACAUACAUACAUACAUACAUACAUACAUACAUACAUACAUACAUACAUACAUACAUACGCAAUAACUGGGAAAAAAUUUGGCAGAAAUCUAUGGCUACUUUUUUGGCAAAUGAAAUAAAUGGUACAGAUAGAGGCGUAACGGGCCUAAUAGAGCAAGUCCAAAUUAUGUUUCCUUUAAAAGAUAAAAUAUCAAUUAAUAAUGAAGGGUAUUUGAAGCCAUUUUUUCCGGGACGUAGAUGAUUAAGUAAUCAAAGAAAGUCGAACUCUGUGUAAUAUAACAAACCGCAUUGCAGAAUAAUCGAGCUUAUUUGUUGCGCACUGAGAUAACCAAACGUCACCUAAAUAACCAUAUUUGUCAGCAUCGUGGCAUGAAAACAAGCACGGUGACCCCUUUUUUUAUUACGUUUUUAACAUCUCCUUGUACUGUAAUGACACCAUACCAAGUUUCAUUGGAAAUCUAUGGCGAGCUCUUUUACUCGGGAAUUACCUUAAGUCUAGCAAUGCCGUGUAAAUAGUGUCACAGCGAAAAAGCCGCCUCACGAUCUUUUUAUUGCUUUAAGAGCGAGCAAUAUAUCCAAGCGAAAUGUUGUCUUUAAACAAUAAGCUUUCUCCCACCCCAGGAAGUUUUGGUUCAGAAAGAAAUGGUUCGUUCGUGGAACACGUUCGCGACGCAUUUCGCCGGCUACUGUUCCUGCUAAAUAUAGCGCGAGUUUGUAAACGACACGUCAAUUUCAGUUUAAAAAGCGUUGUUUUCACAUCUUAGUUCGUAGCUUUAACAAGAGUAUCACUAAGUAUUGUGAAGCAAAUUGACUUAAGUUUUCAACCACAGUAAACAUAAAUAAUGAGCCAAGAUUCUCAAUAACUUCGUGCCGCUGUUGACGUGUUCUGCUGAGCCGCUUUUGCGUCACCGGAGAGGAAGUGAAAUAAAAUAUCUCGGUUGUAUUAAUUGGCGUAAAUCGGAGAUUUUAAACGGUGGUACGUAUACGAUCUAUAUCCGUAGAAACGAUGUAUUAUCGGAGUUUCUACCAUGCACCGUGCACCGUGAGCAUGUAUUAACUAUUUAAUUUUGCACGAUAAAGUUUUUGCACGAUAAAGUUUUUGCGACUCUUGUGUACCUGCCUCUUGCUAAUUGUCUAUCGACUUUAAGCGUCACGGCAAGUAGUGAAAAUAAUGAUUCUAUGGUUCACUGCGCAUCCUAAAUCAUUCAUUGGCGCAUAACCACAAUUCCUUGCGCCAUAUCACUGCGCAUCCUAAAAUAUUUCCGUUCGCGCAUAACCACAAUUCUUCGCGCAUACCACUGCGCAUCCUAAAUCUCCCAUUUGCGCAUAACCACAAUUCCUUGAGUUUGGUAAGAAAAAGUGAUUGCAAUCCCCAAUAAUGUAAUCUUCUGCUGAUUAUAGAGCUGCCUCGAUCGUUCGCUUCAGGCUCACUCGCUGCGGCAACAAUAAUCCUUCACUUGGUCUAUCACAACAUGAUCUCCUCUUUGAAUUAACCAUUAUCGUUAAUUAUAAAGUUCCUUUGAAUUUACGAUUAUAGUUAAUCUAGAACACUGUUUCCCAGGCUGUUUCAGAAUAGAGCAAAUUGAAAAAAAAAUUCGUGUUAUUUGGACUGGAUUUGAACCAGGAAUUACCCGUCGCUUGCAGGAUCGGCUACUUACCACUAGGCCACGGAAGAACAAGGCGACGGGAAGAAAUUUAACUAAAUUUUUAAUAGAGUUUUGCAUAGAAUAUCACUGAUGUACGAUGAUUAGGCCUAAGCGCAGAUAUUAAAUUGUUAGCUUUUUGUUAUGGUUUGGUGAUCGACCUUUUCCAUUCACUUUAUGAAAUUAUUUUUAGCGAGUAAUUAUAUAUGCUUACCACAGGGUGUAGAAUAAGUGUAUGAAUUAUAUUGUUUCAAAAUCGAGGUUUGUCGAACCAGCAACGUGGUGGUCUGAUGGUUAGAGGAGAGGAUCAGAAAGCGGAGAUUCGUAGGUUUGAGUCCUGUCCGGACACUGAUGAUUGUCCUUUUUCAACAAAAAUGCUUACUUCUCAGAAUUCCUUUCAGACUGUAAGUGUUCUAGAUUAACUAUAAUCGUAAAUUCAAAGGAACUUUAUAAUUAACGAUAAUGGUUAAUUCAAAGAGGAGAUCAUGCUGUCUAUCAACAGGUCACUAUAUUCCGCAUUUAUAUUUUCCUUCAUAUCUCGAAACGAAAAUUUCAGCGAGUAAAGCGCACAUUUUAAGUUCGUUUCUAGCGAAUUUUCCACGUUUUUCGCUGAAAUUUGGAGAGAAUGUAGCCCGAUGAUCAGGCAAAAAAACGGUGGAAUUUUUAUUUUUUGCUUCUCUCAAAAGUUAUGACAAUUUUAGUGAAGAGAAUGCAUGUUUUUUCAACUCUCAAAGUUUAACUGCGUGUCAGAAUCAAACCAGACAAGUAAUCAAGAAGACAUAGCGAUAUUAAUCGCGUUCUCCCGCUCAAAUCUGAGCGGAAACGAACAUGUUUAGUGAACCUCUGUACAUUGAGAAAUAGCACGCUUUAUUUGACAAACCUUAAUUUUUUCUACGUUGGUAAAUAAACCCUCGGAAUCUACAAUUAUUAAGCUUUCAGAAAAUAUAUACUUUAGUAGGGUUUGCGUCAACUGUGCGACCGUAACGCGGCGCUGAAGAAUGAUGGUCAUUUCGGGUACACUGAUACCUAAAGCGUAUGCAAACAAAGAGAAAAACCACGAAAGGAAAGGAAAACUGCCAGUAAAAUGAAAACAUUUCAGCGAUAUUUGCCAUCAAUGGGCUAAGGAAGCAUAGCAGAAGUUUUGGACUUACCGGCUGCUGACCUUGACCACUUAUUGGCAAAGCUUUUUUUAUAGAUAUGGGAAAAAGGAUGGUGACCGGAUUAUGAACCUGACACCCUGUCGGGUUUGCAACGAAGUAUACAGAGAUUCCUUUCCGAAAGCAGGUCUCCUUUCACUGUCUUUUCACCAUUCAAAAGGCAAUUGGUGACACCAGAGCAGUACAGCAGUCAACAGCAACAAAUUAAUUCCCUUGCUGUAACACAAGCCAGUUUAUCAACAUCUUCAGGCGAGCGGUUUUUUUUAUCCAGUGUGAGUGCCAGUUCAAGAUCUUUAACGGGCCAGUAACUAUAAUCCAGGAAUCUCAGAAGAGGCGAAGAGUUUUCAUCGAAAGUGACGACGAAGAGUAGUGCUGAUUCCGUUUAAAUUGUAUUUUCUUUUACCGACACGGCCGCACGGCUUUUUAUGCAAGUUUGAAGCACUUUUCUGUAGGAGCUGACUUCUGGCGGUUAAUUAUUGAAAAUGUCGAUGAAAUUUAUCUCGUCAUAUAGUUACAAACAGGUACUAAAAUACUUUUUGUGGCCGUAUUGAUCAUUGUUUUCCACUAAUAAAUAUAUUCUUGACGGAGUACGCGUAAGCUCGCUGAAUUCUGUUGUGCAGUUUCGCAUCACCGGAUGUGAAGUAACGACUUCCCCUUGAAUUAAGAUUUUUUUCUUUCUUUAGAACCGUCUUUCUAGCCAUAUAAUAAACAGCUUAAUAAUCUGGACCGUUCGGUCGUUACGAGAAAAUCUCAAACCUCGGUCUACCGUAUUGACCUCGCUCUCGCUCGGUCAAUACGGCAAGGCAUCAGUUUGAGAUUUUCCCGUAACGACCUCACCUCGGUUAUUAAGUAGUUAUUAAUGUGUAUUUUUAAGGUCACCAGACGAUAUUCUGUGUAACCUGCGAUCAGGCAUCCCUUUUUUUCCGUCCCUUUUUUUUAAUUUGCGUCAUUUGAAGUGGGACAAGCUAUCAUUAAGAAGACGAAAACAGAAAGCUAUUAUGAUGUUUAAAUCUCUCAACGGGUUAGCCCCAGUGUACUUGCAAGAUUUAUUCAGUGAGCGACACACAGACUAUGACAUGCGCGAUUCUUUCCGUAAGUUAAACUUACCCAAGCCGCGUACCGACUAUUUAAAACGUAGCUUUGGCUAUAGCGGUGCCUUACUAUGGAAUUCUCUUCCUGAAAAUAUUAGGGCAAUUAGAUCAAUUGGGCAGCUUAAGAAGAAAAUCAACCGCGCACUUAAAACAUCCGAUUCCCACUCGGUAAUCUUGUAAAUCAGUUUUUAUAGUUAUUUUAAUUUUUAAAAAUAAUUGUAAUUAAAAUACUAUUAGUAUAACUAACGAUUGUUAACCGAGUUUAAAUAAAGAUUUUUUAAGUCUUACAUUCAUGAGUAGCUCACUUUUCUCAAAGUGCACAACCUUUACUUCAUGUACUUCAUUGUGUAAGUAAACGAAACAGCAACACAGCAUACCAUGGAGGUUAUGGCUCAAAAAUAUGCUAAAAUUGAAACUGAAGAAAAUGAAACGUGGUUACAGAAAUUACCCCUUGGAACUACAGAACAGCUAACAAGAAAUCUUUUCAACACAGUAUUUGCACAGAAUCUAUUAAUUAAAUGGUGGAAUAGUCUUCCGUUAGAAAUACGUACAUUGUCUCUCCUAAGCAUUUUUAAUCACAGUCUCUCAAAGUACUUGCAGUGUCUAACCCGUAACUACCAUUUUUAUCUUGGGGAUUGUUCAGCGCCGCUUGCGACUUAAUUUUUGUGCCCUGAAAUACCGACUUUUUCAGAAAAACUAGUCUGUCCACUUUGCGAUGCACCUGUUAAAGAUCCUAAACACUAUUUUCUGUAUUGCGCAAGUUUUGCUGCCUCUGCGUGAAAAGCUGUUUGCCUCCGCUGCACAAUUGCUCGGAAAGAGAUGGCAUUGUUCUUCCAAAAGAAAAAAAAAAUUUAUGGGCUCUUAAAUGGUAUUUCACACGAUGAUUUUGACUCUAAUAUUAUGUAUUUUAAGUACGUCCAAUCAAUUAUUUCCUUGUCCAACUAUUCUGUUAACUUCUAUUCCUUUGUGUAUGUUUUGUUCGAUCGUCACAUGUGAUAUGCAUUGUAAACAGCAUAACCUCUCCAGAGGAGCCAUUUUUAUAUUCUUAUUGUCAUCUAGGACAGCCUAAUCUCCGAUUCCAUGAAAAGCACUGCUGAUCUGAUACCACAUGCUGUGAUCCCUGAUCCCGAAGCUGUGAACCCUAAUCCCGAGCAUGUAAUUCCAGAUCACGGGGCUGUGAUCCCUAAUCCCGGCGCUGUGAUCCCUGAUCCCGAGCAUGUGAUCUCAGAUCACGGGGCUGUGAUCCCUAAUCCCGAGCAUGUGGUUCCAGACCACGGGUCUGGGAUCCCUGAUCCCGAGCAUGUGAUCUCAGAUCACGGGGCUGUGAUCCCUAAUCCCGAGCAUGUGGUUCCAGACCACGGGUCUGGGAUCCCUGAUCCCGAGCAUGUGAUUCCAGAUCACAAGGCUGUGAUCCCUAAUCCCGAGCAUGUGAUUCCAGAUCACAGGGCUGUGAUCCCUAAUCCGGAGCAUGUAAUUCCAGAUCACGGGGUUGUGAUCCCUAAUCCAGAGCAAGUGAUCUCAGAUCACGGGACUGUGAUCCCUAAUCCCGAGCAUGUGAUCUCAAAUCACAGGGCUGUGAUCCCUGAUCCCGAGCAUGUGAUUCCAGAUCACGGGGAGGUGAUCCCUGAUCUCGGGGCUGUGAUCCCUGAUCCCGAGCCUGUAAUUCCAGAUCAAAGGGCUGUGAUCCCUAAUCCCGAGCAUGUAACUCCAGAUCAAGGGGCUGUGAUCCCUAAUCCCGAGCAAGUGAUCUCAGAUCACGGGACUGUGAUCCCUAAUCGCGAGCAUGUGAUCUCAAAUCACGGGGCUGUGAUCCCUGAUCCCGAGCAUGUAAUUCCAGAUCAUGGGGCUGUGAUCCCUGAUUCCGGGGAUGUGAUCCCUGAUCCCGAGCCUGUAAUUCCAGAUCACAGGGCUGUGAUCCCUAAUCCAGAGCAUGUAAUUCCAGAUCACGGAGCUGUGAUCCCUAAUCCCGGGCAAGUGAUCUCAGAUCACAGGACAGUGAUCCCUAAUCCCGAGCAUGUGAUCUCAAAUCACGGGGCUGUGAUCACUGAUCCCGAGCAUGUGAUUCCAGAUCACGGGGCUGUGAUCCCUGAUCCCGGGGCUGUGAUCCCUGAUCCCGAGCCUGUAAUUCCAGAUCACAGGGCUGUGAUCCCUAAUCCCGAGCAUGUUAUUCCAGAUCACGGGGCUGUGAUCCCUAAUCCGGAGCAAGUGAUCUCAGAUCACGGGACUGUGAUCCCUAAUCCGGGGCAUGUGAUCCCAAUUCACGGGGCUGUGAUCCCUGAUCCCGAGGAUGUGAUUCCAGAUCAUGGGGCUGUUAUCCCUGAUCCCGGGGCUGUGAUCCCUGAUCCCGGGGCUGUGAUCCCUGAUCCCGAGCUUGUAAUUCCAGAUCACUGGGCUGUGUUCCGUAAUCCCGAGCAUGUGAUCUCAGAUCACGGGGCUGGGAUCCCUGAUCCCGAGCAUGUGAUUCCAGAUCACGGGGCUGUGAUCCCUGAUCCCGGGGCUGUGAUCCCUGAUCCCGAGCCUGUAAUUCCAGAUCACAAGGCUGUGAUCCCUAAUCCCGAGCAUGUUAUUCCUGAUCACGGGGCUGUGCUCCCUAAUCCGGAGCAAGUGAUCUCAGAUCACGGGACUGUGAUCCUAAUCCCGAGAAUGUGAUCUCAAAUCAGAGGGCUGUGAUCCCUAAUCCCGAGCAUGUAAUUCCAGAUCACGGGGCUGUGAUCCCAAAUCCCGAGCAAGUGAUUUCAGAUCACGGGACUGUGAUCCCUAAUCCCGAGCAUGUGAUCUCAAUUCACGGGGCUGUGAUCCCUGAUCCCGAAGAUGUGAUUCCAGAUCACGGGGCUGUGAUCCCUGAUCCCGGGGCUGUGAUCCCUGAUCCCGAGCUUGUAAUUCCAGAUCACUGGGCUGUGAUCCCAAAUCCCGAGCAUGUGAUCUCAAUUCACGGGGCUGUGAUCCCUGAUCCCGAGGAUGUAAUUCCAGAUCACGGGGCUGCGAUCUCAGAUCACGGGGCUGUGAUCCCUGAUCCCCAGCUUGUAAUUCCAGAUCACAGGACUGUGAUCCCUGAUCCAGAGCAUGUGAUCUCAGAUCACGGGGCUGUGAUCCCUGAUCCCGAGCAUGUGAUUCCAGAUCACGGGGCUGUGAUCCCUGAUCCCGAGCUUGUAAUUCCAGAUCACUGGGCUGUGAUCCCAAAUCCCGAGCAUGUGAUCUCAAUUCACGGGGCUGUGAUCCAUGAUCCCGAGGAUGUGAUUCCAGAUCACGGGGCUGCGAUCUCAGAUCACGGGGCUGUGAUCCCUGAUCCCGAGCUUGUAAUUCCAGAUCACAGGACUGUGAUCCCUGAUCCAGAGCAUGUGAUCCCUGAUCCCGAGCAUGUGAUUCCAGAUCACGGGGCUGUGAUCCCUGAUCCCGAGCUUGUAAUUCCAGAUCACUGGGCUGUGAUCCCUAAUCCCGAGCAUGUGAUCUCAGAUCACGGGGCUGUGAUCCCUGAUCCCGAGCAUGUGAUUCCAGAUCCCGAGCAUGUGAUUCCAGAUCACGGGGCUGUGAUCCCUGAUCCUGAGCUUGUAAUUCCAGAUCACUGGGCUGUGAUCCCUAAUCCCGAGCAUGUGAUCUCAGAUCAGGGGACUGUGAUCUCUGAUCACGAGCAUGUGAUUCCAGAUCACGGGGCUGUGAUCCCUGAUCCCGAGCUUGUAAUUCCAGAUCUCUGGGCUGUGAUCCCUAAUCCCGAGCAUGUGAUCUCAGAUCACGGGGCUGUGAUCCCUGAUCCCGAGCAUGUGAUUCCAGAUCCCGAGCAUGUGAUUCCAGAUCACGGGGCUCUGAUCCCUGAUCCCGGGGCUGCGAUCUCAGAUCACGGGGCUGUGGGCUCUGAUCACGAGGCUGUGAUCCCUGAUCCCGUGCCUGUAAUUCUAGAUCAUUGGGCUGUGAUCCCUGAUCCCGGGGCUGUGAUCCAUGAUCCCGACCAUGUGAUUCCAGAUCACGGGGCUGUGAUCCCUGAUCCUGGCCGUUUAUAG